UAAAAGCAGUUGAAAACACAUCUCAGUGCCGUUCGAGCUGCGGCGUGAUUUAGUCAAUUUUGGCGGAGGGUCUCUCGCAUCACACGUUUCAUGUUAUGCUGAGAGUCAAGUCCCUUCUCUGCUAGUUCGAUGUUUCACACAACAUAGAGGCUACACAACUCACCCUCUAUUGCCAUUCGGAUGUUGUGAUUUCCCAAACUAAACGGGGACAGUGUGUGGUGUUUUUUUUUUCAUUGUAAUGCACCAGACUGACAAUUUUGGGGUGCAUUGAACCUAUUUUGUUGGACCCCUCCAGCAUGCCACAUAAAUAACCGAGCAAUUUUGGAUUUUGCAACUGGAUGGUGUAAUUGCAGGAAGGAAGGAAGUGUUUUGGUGUGUUAAGCGUGUGAGUGUUGUAUCCUAGAGCGCUAUAAUACGUAACGUACCCUCGUGUGAGGAAGGGGUUGAUAAUAUGCUUUGGGGAUGAAAAUCAUCACACCUCUGUCACACGCAUCAGGAAGUUGCUCAUGAAGACAGGCAACCCUUUUUAGCGCGCCUAAGCACGUGGAUUUUGUACAUAAAACAAGGAUUAAUGAAUAAUCUGCAUUUAAUGUAAAACACCUCAAAAUUACCCACAAAAGAUAAACGGUUGGAGAGCAUCCUUUGGACUAAUAAUUACCUAUAUACAGACCUACGCUGUAGCAAGCCAGACACAACCACGUGCUACUAUUCUUGGAUUGUAGAGUAAAAUAUAUUGUGCGUGCUCUGUGUGACAAACGUCUGCUUUAGUUGCAAAUCCACUUCGAGAUUGAUUUGGAAAGUAUCUCGGGAUGGCCCCCUUAUGUGUCACGGGGGCCCUCCUCAUCCUCCUCCUGAUAUCGUCUGCAACGUGUGAACCAUCCUCAUCGAGUAUUCUCUCGCCUAAUGCUGUCUCGGAGGAUCCAGAAUUUACGGACGUUAUUGAAAAUAUCACAGUUCCAGCUGGUCGAAAUGUGAAGCUGGCAUGUUCUGUCAAAAAUCUCGGAUCUUAUAAGGUAGCAUGGAUGCAUUUUGAGCAAUCUGCCAUUUUAACGGUCCACAAUCACGUCAUAACACGGAAUCCACGUAUAAGUGUGACUCACGAUAAGCACGAUAAGCAUAAAACAUGGUUUCUGCAUAUUAACAACGUCCAAGAGGAGGAUAAGGGAAGAUACAUGUGCCAAAUUAACACGGUGACGGCGAAAACACAAUUUGGGUACUUGCAUGUUGUUGGUAAGUGA